CGCAAUAGUUGAAAUGCAUCGUCCCGAACGAGUUGUUCGCCAAUUCGGGAUGAGGCAGAAUGUACCAGAAUCGACGGAUACCCGUGAUAUGAGCCUCCAUCAGAUUUCCCGUAAAAAUCACGCGGGCGCAGAUUGGUCUCUGCAACACAUACAAUACAUCAAUAGAUGGCAAAGACGAUAUGACACGGUUGUACAUAGGCCACUCAUUUCUAAUAGAAGGGAAACAGAACGAGGUUAUUGGGAGUGGUACUACAACAUAACAAGAAAUUUCGUGUCGUCAUCUACUGAUAGACGUGUGGAAAGCGGGUACCAACCUGGAGAAGCACCUAUGUUGCAAGUUGUGGCAAAUGAGGUGAAUGCCCUUGAAACUUUAUGUCGAUCUAGACCACCAAAUAUCGAAGGAUAUAGUCAAUUGGUGGAUAGAUUUGAACAUGGGUUACAUAUUAUCAGGGAGGCUAUAACCCAACAGCCACAACAAAUUGCUUCUCCAUCCGAUGAUGCUCCCACAACAUCCCACAGGCAAAGAAGAAGUUCUAGCCGAAUGUCAACUGGUUCAGUUGAACGUCGUGAUUUUGGGGUGGAUAUAGCUGGUCCUUCUACAGUAUAUCCACCUCAAGAUUAUUACGUACCUCAACCGCCUCAAGAUUAUUAUAUGCCUCAACCAUCUCAAGGUGAUUGGUUUCAAUCGACUCCAUAUAUGUCAAAUCAAACACAAGAUUUUUCUCUUGACCUUGGUCUUGGUUUUAAUCAACCAUAUACACAAGGAUAUAAUAUUUCACCAGUUCCAUUUCCAUCAUUUGGUGCAUAUCGUGACAAUGUGGAGUCAAGUUCUGAAACAUCAAGUCGGUUUGUUGGGGAAGAAAAUGAGGCGCAAAAUGAGCCAGUUCAAAAUGUGGGCGAGGAAAUUAGAAAACCACGACGUCAACGCCACAGGCGACAUUGUGGAACGGGUGGACAUUUUUGAUAUUUGUAAUUGUAUAAUUUAAUGUAAUUU